AUGUGGUCUCUUCCAUGGUGUGUGGCAGGUGACUUUAAUGUGGUUAGAUCCCCGUUGGAGAGGUCUACAAGUGGAUUAUGGACUCCGGCUAUGAGGUUUUUUUCAGAGUUUAUCAUUGAUCGCCAGCUCAUUGAUCUCCCUUUAGAGGGAGCUGUUUUUACUUGGUCUAGUGGUAGGGAGAUGUCUACUUUCUCCCGCCUUGAUAGAUUCUUGAUUUCCGGAGAGUGGAAGGAGCAGUUUUCGGAUGCAGUUCAGGCUGUGUUGGCUAGGGUGACGUCGGAUCACAUUCCUUUGGUCUUGGACUGUAGAGGAAAGCUUCAUAAUCUGAAGGAUAAACUUAAAAGAUGGAAUAAGGAGGUUUUCGGUAAUCUAGAGUGGAGGAAGAAUAAGGCCCUCGUUGAUAUUGCAGAGUUCGAUAGAUUGGAUGCGUCGGGAGGUCUUGCUGAGCUUCAAUGUAAUAAGAGAGUAGCUUGUCAGGCUGAAUGUGCUGAGAUUGCGGUGAUGGAGGAAAUCUCAUGGCGGCAGAAAUCUCUAGCAUUGUGGCUCAAAGAAGGAGACCGUAACAUUAAGUUUUUUACUGAACGGCUAAUGCUUAUAGGAAGGAGGUUAUAUAUUGAGCCUCUUCGUUGGAGGCCAAGGCUUGAUGAUCUUCACUUUGAUUCAAUUUCUGUGGAGGAUAGGGAUGGGCUUGAGAGGUCAUUUAUGGAAGAGGAGGUUCUGGAGGCCUUGAAGAGUUGUAAUAGUGAUAAAGCUCCAGGCCCGGAUGGUUUCAUUAUGAGUUUUCUUCUGGAAAGCUGGGAGGUCGUCAGACAGGAGAUUAUGGCUAAAGUUCUGGCAUCGAGAUUGAAGGGGGUUCUGGACGGAGUCAUUUCAGAGUCUCAGAAUGCAUUUAUUUGGGGGAGACAGAUUAUGGAUUUUUCUCUUAUUGCCAGUGAAUGCGUGGAUUUUAGGCUUCGUAGUGGGGCUUUCAGAGUUCUGUGUAAGUUGGAUAUUGAGAAAGCCUAUGAUCGUGUUUGCUGGAAUUUCUUGUUCUAUUUGCUUGAGAGGAUGGGUUUCGGAGAAAGAUGGAGGAAAUGGAUUGUUACUUACGUUUCGUCCAUCAGAUUUUCAGUGUUGGUUAAUGGCUCUCCAUCCAUGUUUUUUUGGCAGCUCUCGUGGUUUGAGGGUUUUAAGAUUAGUCCAGAGGCAGUCCAUCAAUUGGAGAUUUCUCACUUGCUGUUCGUGGAUGAUACUUUGGCUAUUUCUAGUUUGAGAAUUAACGUGGGUAAGAGUGUGCUUGUCCCUGUGGGGGAGAUUCCCUCUUCUGUUGUUAGGAGACUUGAGAUGAUUCAACAUAAUUUCCUUUGGGGCGAUAGGGGGGAGGAGUUUAAAUAUCAUCUUAUUCGGUGGAAGCAUAUUUGCAGGCCUUUUAAGUCGGGAGGCCUUGGGAUAUGGAGAUUGGCCCCUUUCAACAGGGUUCUUCUGGGCAAGUGGCUUUGGAGGUUUGGUAGUGAAAGAUAUAGACUAUGGAGGAAGAUCAUUGCUUGUCUGUUUGGGGAGGAGAGAGGGGGUUGGUUUGCUAGAUUGGCUAGAUCUGCUAUCGGAGUGGGUGUGUGGCAUUCCAUUAGGAUGGGUUGGGAGGAUCUUUGGUGCGAGGAAUGUACAUUGUGUAGACGGUUUCCAAGGUUGUUCAGGAUUAGUGUGGAUAGUCAUGCUUUGGUUGCAGAUUGUUAUCGCCUUGAUAGCUGUAGGUUGUCUUGGGAUGUUCAGUUCCAGCGAGCCUUUCAGGAUUGGGAGCUGGAUGAUGUCUUUGGCUUGCUGGAUCUUUUGUAUCGACAGGAGGUGGAUGGUACUGGGGCGGACCUAUUGACUUGGGUACCUUCUUCGCAGGGGACUUUUUAG